AUGAAUAAAAAAAAGAAUAUUAUGUUUAAGAAGAAGAACACCCAAUCCCCGAUCGCUGCGACGCUCGCGUGCGGAUUAUUAAUCGCAGCCGGGUCGUCCCCGCUCGCGAUGGUCCACGGCGCGUCGUCGUACGAAACGUACAAGGCGUCGGAUUUUCCUUCGAUUGCGCACACGAAUUCAGUGGGGAAAGCGGUGAGUGCACAUCCGUUACACACGCCGUUAGGUAUUCGCGGGUUUAAUCCGUUCUUAGAAAAGAGCGAAAUCAUCAACGACGCGAGUUUGGAAGGAACGGACUGCGUGGGGAGACCGACGCAUGCUACUUGUGCAGAUUACCCCGCCAUCGCUUCUGGUUUGACCAUGGGUCACUACGAUAAGGACGGUUCUGUCGUCUUCUACGGCAUAUCGGACAGAGGACCGAACCAAGACUGUGGGGACCUCUCGGACGCGCACCUGGAGACUGGCGCGGUGAAAACGGCUUUAGUUGGCAGCUCUCCUGCACCUGCGGAUGGUUUAGGAUCGGGAAAAGGCUUCCCAGUUCCAAAGUUCGCGCCGACCAUCGCGACGCUGACGUUGAGUGGAGACAGGGCGAACGUCGUGAACACGUGCUAUCUCAAGAGGACAGAUUUGUCCCCAAUCACCGGCGUUUCGACAAACGUCGCCGACGACGCCCCGCGGGACGCCUGGUGUCAAACAACGCUCGCAUACGAUGAAGGAGGACAGGAUGCGGAAGAUUUGCAAGCGAUUCCGGGUACGAAUCCACCUCUCGGUGUCAUUGUUGACGAAUACAACCCUUCCGUAUCUAUCGUCAACAUCGACUGGGAAUCUCCAUCCUGCGGAGUUAUUCUGGCGAGAUACGUUCCGGAAGACACGGUGACCACUUCGGAAGGCGCUGGCUAUCCGAUUAAGAAAAUUCUACCGAAAUCAUGGAGCCAACGAAGAAAGAACCGUGGCCUCGAGAACGUCGCCGUUUCUCCAGACGGGAAAACAGUCAUCGCUAUCAUGCAGUCUGCAAUGGAUGUCAAGGACGCCACUUACUUCAACGAAACAGCCGCUUUCGAUACGAGAGACGCCGAGUUUGUAGUCGCCGCCGUGUUGAAUAUCACCGAUCCCGUCGACGCGAAACUCGUCUCUCAAAAAUAUUACCCAAUCGACACGGACUGGCAAGCUGCUAGUGGGCUCGAUAAAGUGAAAAUGUCCGCCGCGUGGUGGAUGACCACCGACUACGGGGUUGGCGAGAACAAGGAAGUUCUCAUAAUGUUGGAAAGAGACACCAGCGUUCGUCUUUACAUGACGGACUUCGAAGCUGCAACACCAGUCGAUGAAGCCGUGUGGCCCGCUGCAUUUUUGCACACGCUCACGACCAAAGCCGCCGUCACGGAGAGAACUGGCAUCCAAUUCGCGAAAAAGCAACUCAUUCUCGAUACCGCGACGCUCGAAGGCUACGGCGAUAUGACCGGCGCGACGACCAAAGUCGAAGGAUUCGCGGUCGUGAACGAUUGCGCAAUCGUCAUGGCAAACGACAACGAUUUCGGUCUCGAAGGAAAUACCGCCACAUCUCUCGUCGUCGCGCAACUCGGCAAGUGUCUCAAGGCAAUCGCCGAAGACAUGGGGUACACGUACACUCCGCCGGUACCCACGGUCUCGCCGGCGUCUUCGCUCAAGUCGUCUCUCGUCGGCGUCGCGACUGCGUUUGCCGUCGUUUUUGCUGCCUUGUUGUAA